AUGAAUGAUGAUGAAAUUCGUGGUGUCAUGUUUGACGCGUUUGUUGUCGGUACAGAUACGACCGCAAAGAGAUUGAAACGGUUUUUAAAGGUGACCCAACCAGACAGAAGACCUCUCAAAAUUGAAAUACUGUGA